AUGGCACAUUCUCUUUUCGACAUGUUUUCUGCGCAUAAGUUUGCCAAGGUUAUUUGGGACUUACUGCGUCAGAAAUAUGGCACUGACGAUGCCGGUAGAAGAAAAUAUGCGGUGGGGCGCUGGAUGAAUUUCAAAAUGAACGACUCUAAAUCCAUAGUUGAACAUGUUCACGAGUUUGAAAAUCUGGUUGCUGAUAUGACUACUGAAGGAGCUGAAGUAAACGAUGUCUUUUUAUCUGGAGCUCUUAUUGAGAAAUUUGAUGACUCUUGGUUAGACUUCAAAAAUAAAAUGAAGCAUGAAAGGUGUGACUACACACUACAGCAGCUGAUCAAUAGCCUAAACAUAGAAGAGGAAAAUCGCCUAAUGCUCAGCUCCAAACCAAAUAACAAUAAUCACGUCAAGAAUGGCAAAAUUCAGAAGAAAGGGUUAGUUGCUGGAUGUUUUGUUUGUGGGAAACAAAGCCACCGUGCUGCACAGUGCUACUUUCGCAAAGGCGUGAAUCAGAACACAAAAAAGUCAGAUAAUGGAGGACCCAAAAACGAAGCUCACCUGACAGAAGACACAGACAACACGGAAAUAGUAGCAGCCGUCAUAACUGAAGGUAAUAUCGUGGGAGAUCCAGAAGAGUGGGUCGUGGACACUGGAGCAUCUCGCCACUUCUGCAACAACCAAGAUAUGUUUAAGGUGUUUGAACCUAUCACUGAAGGAGAACAAGUGUUCAUGGGCAAUUCCAGCGUUUCCCAGAAAUUUAAUUUCCGGAGCCUUGUUACACAAGGCCACAAGACUGUGGGAAAUUCCUUGGGAAGGGAUACUUACGUGGAGGCAAUAAUAAUAAUGGUUCUCCUUUUGCUUACAUCUCUGUCUCAUUUAACAUAUGGCAUGAUAGAUUAG